CAAGAAUGGAAUUGUGCACGUAAACCGUAGGGCUUUUCGCCCUUAGACUUGACCUCAGCAAAACACGCACUGAAUUGCUCUCAUUCUUGCUGACUGACGCGUCGCAUUCAUUCUUCUAGUGCAUAUCAUAGCAGGGAUUGUUCAGAGAAAGGUCGGUCUAAGCUGUCGAGUUCACCGUGAAGCAGACUUCCUGGGUUGUCGCGUAAACAGAGCCGUCCUGUCUUAUUGAAACGCGUAUUUUUUUUGAAUGCAUGCGUUGCCUUCAAGCAUUUUUUAGAAAGAGGAUACCCUGGACUAGGCAGUUUAAGAUGUUUCAACGUGCUCAGCGUGAAAGUUUAACAAAUGCAUCAACAUCUGCUACUGCCUCGACUAAAAAUUUACAAAAUGUUGGAACUCUUGGCAUAAAAAGGUCAGUACUGGGUGAGAACUUGACAAUUCAAAACGACCAAAAAACCCUCUCGCGCUCAGAUGGGACCCCAUUCGCGGAUCCUCUUCCCUCUUCGUCUCCUCCGGUUAAGGUUGAUGCAUCUCGCAGUAAACUGUUACAACAACUAGAUGACGCGUCGGCAUUUGUACAGUCUUCACCCUUUUCCGCUCCCCAAUCCAAUGGCUUCUCGCAAUUCUCAUCUCCUUCGCAGGUGAUGGAUGGCGUCUUUAUCGACGAAGCUGAUUUCGAUGAUGACCUUACCAAUGAGAUUGAAAGUGAGGGAAAUAUUCUUCCAUGGUCAUCAUCUCCUGUAGAGCACUCCAAACUGACUGGCCGCUCUCUGAAGCAAAGUGUGAGCUCGGCACCGUUUAUGCCUUCCAUUUCCGAAACACGAGAACAUACCUAUACCAAAACCGACGGUUCACCAACACCUUCCCCUUCAAAGCCUCCUCUAAAGCGUCAUCGCACAUUGCCAUGGUCUGUCGAUCCUUUCCGUUAUGGUGAGCCAGCACCCUUAUUGCAACAAGCAAAAACUGAAAACAAACCGCCUGUCGGCGUGAAGCCUUCUUCUAUUUCGAGACUUCCGAAUUUGGCAACACGGAAGUUGAAUGGAAGAGAAGAUAAAUUGACGCUAAAAAAGUCUUCAAGUAUGUCUCGUUUACUAGACAGAAAAAGGAAAACUAAAGAAGACGUUUCCGCAUUAUUUAAGGCCUCUGAGGAUGCCAAGGACAAGACUACGGUUCCUGAGAUAUUUUUAUCUGAAGAGCAACGAAGGGUUUUGGAAAUGGUCGUGGACAAACGACACAGUGUAUUUUUUACCGGUUCUGCUGGUACAGGAAAAUCGGUUCUUCUACGAAAAAUUAUAAAGACUUUAAAGACUCGUUUUCAUAGCGAUCCUGAUCGUGUAGCUGUUACUGCGUCCACGGGAUUAGCUGCUUGCAACAUCGGUGGUGUCACUUUGCAUUCUUUCGCAGGAAUUGGACUUGGUAAAGACAGCGCUGUAGACUUGGUGAAGAAGAUUCGAAAAAACAAAAAGUGCAUGCAACGCUGGUUGCGGACUCGAGUCCUCGUUAUUGAUGAAGUGUCUAUGGUUGAUGCGGAGCUACUGGAUAAGCUUGAAGAGAUUGCUCGUAUUCUUCGUAACAACGGACGACCAUUUGGAGGCAUACAACUCGUUCUCACAGGCGAUUUCUUCCAGCUUCCACCCGUGCCAGACAGUGGCAAGGAAGCUCGGUUCUGCUUUGAGUCGAAAACAUGGGAGUCUGCAUUAGAUUACACGAUCUGUCUUACCCAUGUCUUCAGACAAAAAGAUGAAGGCUUCGUCAAAAUUUUGAAUGAGCUGCGUCUCGGGAAACUCUCGAGGGAGUCCAUUCAAAAAUUCCAUUCACUUAGUAGAAAUAUUCGUUAUGAAGAUGGACUUCUUCCCACUGAAUUGUUCCCUACUCGAUCCGAGGUGGAACGUUCUAAUUCCAUGCGAAUGCAGCAAAUUUCUGAGGAUCCUGUUGUUUAUAAUGCCAUUGACGGUGGAACUAUUCGUGACAGAGCUAUUCGUGAAAAGCUGCUGCAAAACUGUAUGGCACCUCAAACACUCGUUCUUAAGGUAAAUGCUCAGGUCAUGUUGAUUAAAAAUAUAGAUGAACAACUUGUCAAUGGUUCGCUUGGUAAGGUUAUUGGCUUUGUUGACGAAGAAACCUAUCAAGCUGAAAAACGAGAUGCUGAUAUUCACGGCCGCAAUCCUUUUGACUACGAGACACUUGAUCCCUUGUCAGAUGAUACCCCCGAUAUAUUAUAUCGGAAACGUAAGCUGAAAACGCUUAUGAGUACCUCAACCCGUGCACAAAAAUGGCCUUUAGUUAGGUUUUCACUUGUAGGCGGGGACGAGCGCGUCUUGGUUUUACAAAGAGAGACCUGGAACAUUGAACUUCCGGAUGGUGAGGUACAAGCUUCUCGCACUCAGAUACCACUUAUUUUAGCCUAUGCCAUAUCCAUUCACAAGGCGCAAGGUCAAACGCUCGAGCGCGUAAAGGUGGAUCUUGGAAAAGUUUUUGAAAAGGGGCAAGCUUAUGUUGCUCUUUCUCGUGCAACUUCGGAGCAUGGUCUUCAAAUUCUUAACUUUUCACCUUCAAAAGUUAUGGCUCACCCAAAGGUCGUUGAGUUUUACAAGAAGCUCGAUUCUUUAGACGGCGCUCCGAUUGCCAAUACCAACAAACUUGGUAACGCGAAAAUAUUUCAAGGAAAGAGGAGUUAAUAAACUCUCCGAUUUCUUUUUUUCAAAGAAAAUACGCAUGCUUAAGGGGAAUUUAUGUUCAUAUUUGCAUUUCCAAUAACGAUACUUUAAUUAAUUACGAUAGGGAGUUAAAUUAUAUAUCCGGGUUGACAGCUCAAGUAUGCCAAUACAGACUUGGGAUAGCUAUAACGAGAGCAAAUGUAAAUAUAGUAAAUGUAUGUGCGGUUAAUGAGUUUUUUUGAACGGAA